UUGUUUUCGUUUAGCAGACCGCAGUGUUUAUCCGCGUCUGCGUUGCGGACGGAGCUUUCGCAGUGUUCGCUUCCGUUUUUUCUGUUUUCGUUUCAAACGUUCAAACGUUCGAAUCCGCCGCAGUUUCGGUUCGCGGACCUGAUUGUUUUGAAAACAGAUUGCCUGGAAACCCGGGAGUCUCGUCGACUCGUUAUCCGAGAAAACCCGCGACUUAUCAGGGUCCCGCCGUUGACCCACAAAGCAGAAGUAGAGUUUGAACUUGGAAAUAAUCUGACCACGAUGGCGUCGUCGAUCCCGGGUAGACGCGAAUGCGUCGCACUGACGGCGCUAUGACGAGCACAGCGACGACAACAUGCAGUCCUGUAAGCCGAAGGUCACCGACCUAAAUCCACAUCUACUAUGCGUUCUGUGCGGUGGAUACUUCGUGGACGCCACGACGGUUAUCGAAUGUCUGCACUCCUUUUGUCGAAGUUGUAUUGUCAAGUAUCUCGAACGCAACAAAUAUUGUCCAAUAUGCGAUGUAUUAGUCCACAAAUCAAAACCUUUAUCCAAUAUCCGGCCAGACCACACCCUGCAAAAUAUUGUUUACAAACUUGUCCCACAUUUAUUUCAAAAGGAAAUGGUAAUGAGAAGAGACUUUUACAAUCGAAACAAAGUGUAUUUACCCAGGGACCCAAUGAGCCGUGGUGUUGUACCUGAUGACUAUCAUAUAUUUGCUGCCAGUGAUGCAAUCAGUAUAUGUCUUUAUUAUGAAUGCGAUAAAAUUGACAAAAAAAAUAUACAAGAAAAACAUAAACGAUAUCUAUGGUGUCCAGCAUCAUUAACAGUUAUAAAUUUGAAAAAAUUAGUUUACAUUAAAUAUGAAUUAAUACCAACUGAUCAUCAUGUAGAGUUUUUCUACCAAAAUUAUUUACUAGAUGAUCACUUAACCUUAAUGGAUGUUGUUUACAUGUUUGAUUGGAAAAGGAAAGAUCCACUUACAAUGACUUAUCGAAUUCUUAAAAUUGUUAUUGAACCUCUAUUAAAUGAUGACGCAGCAAAAGAAGAAAGUAUACUUGAGUCUAAAAAAGAUGAUGAAAAGUCUGAAGAAAAACAAAAUGAUUUGCUUCAAAAUGUAGUCAACACAGAAAUACGCAUUGAAGAACUCCCAAAAAUAGAUGAAAACCUACUGGUCGUUGAAAAAAUUCCCGAUUCCAAAGAAGUACAAUUGGAAAUAAGUGAAAAUGGUAUCAUGAAAGUUACAAAUAUUCACCAGAGUAGAGAAACUAUACAAGCUAAUGUCACUAUAGAACCAACUGAUAUAGUUAAAAAUGAAAAUCCAUCUAAACCUGGGGAUAUAAAAGAAGACAAAGACGAUGAUAAAAUAAAAACUUUAAAGGUAUAUCCUGGGUCAAAGAUAAAAAAAACCAAACCAAAAAUAGACACUAUUGUUGAAAAAAUUAAAAAACAAGGAACUAAAUAUAAAACGUUAACAUCUCCAACAAAACACUGGAAUCCAAGCAUAUCAAAAACUUCAGUUUUAGCCAAAAAGAAAGAAAUAAAUGGAGUUGGUAAAAAGUGUCAAAAAUUUUUCAAAUCAAGAGAUGAUAAAAAAGAUGAAGAUAAAGCUGAAGACAGUUUGAAGAGAUUAGCUGAAGUGCCUUUAAUGAAAAUAAAUCCUCAAACAUUAUGUCCAAUUUUGCCUUCUUCUCCAGCUAAGAAACCCAAAAAACCUGUUCCUAAAAAAAAUACAUUAGCUCAUUCUUUGGCUCUACUACCUGUUCGACCGACCAAUCAUAAUCCAUUUACAAACCCAUUGAAUCCAUUCAUGUAUGGAACAUUUCCAAAUAAUUCAAAUGGAGAUCCAGGAGAUACAAAUGAUUUUCUUAAAGCCAUGUCUGAGCUAUGUCCACCAUCAUCAGCUUAUCACAAUUCUUUACCACCGUCGGUCAGUGUACUUUUCAACCCCCUAUACACUCAUCACAGACAAUGUCAGGCUAAGAAGACUUCUGUAACUGUAGCUCAAUCACCCGACAUACUAAAAUUACCUGCCAAUAAAAAUGGAGAAAAAUCUGAACAGACAGAAGAUAAAACCAAUGACAAAGGUAACGAUAAAGACGAGUGUACUAAUAAUAAUAAAGGUGAAGAGAAAAUGGAAGUUGAGAAAGAAAAAGAAAAAGAAAAGGGAAAAACUUAAAACAAUGACUUUUUGAUAACUCAAACUAAAAAAUUGAAACCUUUUACUACUAAAAUCUUUAAAUUAUGGUAAGUCUAGUAGAGGAUUGCAAAUACUUUAAGAUUUUUUGAAAUUUUUAUAUCAACAUAAUUCCUAAUGAAAGGUUAAUGUGUUUGAUUUAAUCUUUUUUACACCCUGUAUACACUUGGCAUGGUGUUUCUAAAGAUAUUUUUUUUACUUUGAGUUUUAAGAUAACAAGAUUUCAAUGUGAUAUGAUUGUUUUUCUACCAUUUGCUUGUAUGAUUAAUGGUAUCAUAUAUCAAUGACAACAUUAUCUGAAACACAAUAUGCAAAUUUAUUUGUGAUUAUAUCACUUAAUGACAUAGUUGAUAAUUUUGUUGGAAAUGUGAUAGACUAGUUUUUGAUACUUGUGUCUGAAAAACUUCUUUUGAAACAUGUACUAACUGUUUUUAUACCAUGUGUUUUCAGUUAUUUAGAGUAAUUAUAAUGUUUUGAUCGUUUUACUUUAGAUAAGUCAAUUCAAUUUUACUUGUGCCUCGAGACAUUUAAAUAUGCCAAAGCUAACCUUCAUUUACCCUCCACAUUAUUUACAUAAAUAAGGUUUCAACAUAUGGCAAUUAUAGUUAUCCACAAUCUGAUACUACUUCUAUAACAUAAAUACAUCUAAUAAUUUUUUGAUUAAAAAUAUUGUUUAAACUGUUUGUCUCCCAAUAAAAAUUAAAGGUCACAUAAUAAGUGGAAACAUAGGGUAAAAGAAAAUAUAUUUAGUUUUUCACUUUUCUAAAAAUGGUCACCCUACUUAAAAGGACGUAACACGGGCAUUUGUUAUCUCUAUCUUACAAGUGUGUAACAUAGCAAACACUAUUUAUGAUACGCUAUAUUACAUACGAAAAACUUGUUUAAAAAAUUAACUAUAGUAAAAAAAACACAUCAGCACAGAUAAUAUUCUUCUUACCAAUAAGUUUCAUAAUAGGUUGAUUCACUCAAAUUUUUAUACUAACGAAGCUAAACCUGAUCUGCUGAGCACAAAUUUGCUAUGUUACUUACUUGCCCCCCCCUCCUCCCCCGUGUUACGUUCUCUUAAACAAGAAGCCUAUGAAUUAGAUGUCAUUAGAUGGCUUCAAUAUUUAUAUAUAGCCAAAUAUUAAUGUUUCGCGUGUUUCGAAAUCUUAUUCAUUAUUACUCUCAAAUUCUAGUCCUAGAUUAAGGUGUAUAUUUUGUUAAAAAAAAAAAAUAACAAAUUUUGUAUAUGAAGUGCCUUCAGUAUUUAAUUAUUUAAACCUCUAUGCUCACGUAACUAAGUGAUAUAAAUAUAUUAGAAUCUUGCAGCUCAAUAUUUUAAAAUAUAUGUGAAAAUAUACAGGGUAAAAAUGCACUGUGCUUACUAUGUCCAUGCGACUAAUUCAAAAUAAUUUUUAUUCCUCUUACUAAUAUCUUGAUUAUAUUAUUAAAUUUAUGGAAGUAAUAUAUACUCUAUUCAGGAUAAGAUUGAACUGCUCUUGCCCAUGCUGAAUUCCUAGGUGACAUAUAGACAUUUUAUCAUUGUUAGAUCUGUCAUACAUAUAUAUUGUGUGACUGGUCUACCCCAAUAUUUUUUACUGAACGCUGUUUACAAGCAUGAUAAUAAAUGUAUGAAUACAAUCGGUUAUUGUUUGCCCUAGAGUACCUAAUGUUGUAAAUUGUGAAACAAUUUGGAAUAUGCUCCGAUGGUAAGCUUGGUAGAAUGUUGUUUUUCAUGAAUCUUGAAGUUUGCACUCAUGAAGUUUUUUAUUACUAUUAUUGGCUUCAUUUGUACAAAUAUUAAUAUCAUACAAAUUACAAAAGGGUGAAUAAAAAGUAAUUUGCAACAUAUUUUGAUGACAAUUUCACAAUCAUUCACUUUUUUUCUAUAUCUACAAAAUUUUAUAAUUUCACUAACUCCUUAUAAGCUAUAUUGUUAAACACAUUUAAAAUUUAAUUUUGAUAACUAAUUUAUUGAACAUUUGAUACCAAAAACUAUUAAAUCUUACAAUUCUAAAAUGUAUAUAUAUAUUAUACUUUAAAAUAGUUUAACUCUUGUCGCCAUUAGUUAGUACAGUGCACAUAUUAUUAAGUAUAUAACAUUUAGUAUUUUAUUUAUAAUAUAAUAUAUAAUUUACUUUAAAUUUGUAUUUUUAUAAUAUAUACAAUUUAUUUUAAAUUUAUAUUUUUAUAAAAGAUUUUGCUAUUUGUUGAUCGCAUUAAAAAGAAAAACCAUUAUAUGUACACUACAUUAUAGUAUUCUUAAUUAUUGAUGGACCACUUUUUAUGAUAUUGUUGUUAAUUCUGUAUUUUUUUUCUAAAGAUUGACUUUGUAAAAUAUAAAGGUGGUGUUUAAAUAUAUAAGAUAAAUAAACCUCAAUGUUGUGUAUAAAUUACAAUUUAAAUUUAAUGUUAUUGAAUAAUUU